UCUGGAUUGCUGUAAUUAGUUAGGGAAUGACUACUGUGAGAACCAGGACACUUUGCCCCAAUGCGCAAAAGAGCUGGGGAGGUGAGGUGGAGAAGCCACUCCCAUUUCAUGCCUCUUGGAGGGUGGAGGUGGAGAUAGGAGAGCUAUACACAGAGGUUGGGCUGAAUGUCAGAGUUCAAGAAAGGGGGGAAAGUAGGGGUUUCCAGCAGAGAUAAGAACCCUAGGAACUGGGGCAGAGGAAAGGGGUGGGGCUGGCAGACUCCUCCCCUAAAACCUCCUGAUUUCAGAGGAGACUGCCCCAGACAAGUGGAUGUAUGCUUACCUAUCGGAUCGGAUCCCGGUGGCUGAAGAUGAAGAAAGAAGGGAACCUCUAACUUGGGGGAUGGGGGAGGAGCCCAGGCAGGGGCAAUGUUGCCAUGUCUAUCAUGGGGGAACCAAGCGAAGCUAUUUGCAUUCAUGUGCUGUAUCUUCAUCCUCAUAGGGGUUGCCCUGUUUCACCUGAAGCCAGAAAUCAUAUUUGUUGCCUAUCUCAUCUUCACCUUAGGUGGAUUCCUUUUCUUUCUCUGCCUUCUCUCUUGCUUCAUGGAAUGGAGACUCCUGGCAAUAAGAACAGAAACUACAGGGGCCUUGAGCUCAGCACAGGACAAUGAAGCCUUCGAAGUACCAAGUUAUGAAGAAGCUGUGGUACCAUCGACCCAGGACCCCAAUGCAGAUUUGGGUGAGCCCCCACCCUACAGUACUGUGAUUCUCUCACAGCUUCAGGAAGAAGAAUCUAACCAUCUGGCAGGACUCACAGAAGCCAGCACAGACAGGCAGGGGAGGUCAGAAGGUACAAUGACCCAGACAGAAGGCUCUUUGGGCACCCCAAUCAAUCUCCAACUUCCAAGACAUCUAAUAGAGUCUGAAACACCUCCAUUGCAAAGUCUACCAUGUAUGGAGCCUCUUACUCCACCGCCAGCAUAUGAACUCAGACCUGGUCACCAUGAUAUCAAUGAUGAUAAUGUUUUUGAAGAUGACAGUGUAUUCUAUGAGGAGGGCUGGACACCUCCUUAAACUUCUAUUCCCUGGAUAUGUAAGAUCUAACAAUCAGUGAUUUUUUUUCAUCUGGAUCACAUGAGCAGGGCAUCAGGGUGUUUUCCUCUCCCCAGAGAUAUAAUAUGAUUGGCACCUCUGUUUUGUCUCCAGGCUCUGUGCCCACAAUGACAAGGUCCAAACAGCCUCUCCCUAUCAUCAUCCCAUAACCAACAUUCCCCUACAAAAAGCUAGAUGAUGGGGGUAGCUGGUGAAAUCAUAAGAAAAGGGAAGUGGGACUGCUGCAUAUCCUACUAGUCAUCCUCUAAUUUCCCAAAAAGGACCAGGAGUUGGAGUAACUGGGUUUAAAACCCAACUCUUAGCACUAAAUAUGAGCUUGGACAAGUCACCUAAUAACCAAAUGUUGCAGUAGGGAGAGAAGACAGAGGUAAGCUAGUUCAACCUUAAAUGAGCUGAAAUCCUUUCUAUGAUAUCUCUGACAAAAAGUCAGUCAGCUUCUCCUUGAAAACCUCCAGUGAAUGGGAAUCCACCUCAUGAAGCAGCCCUCUCUACUUUGGGACGAUUCUCAUUGUUUACAAAGUUCUUCCUUCCACGGAGCCAAAAACUGCUUCUCUCAAAUUUCCACCUAUUUCUUCUCUCUUUCCUUUAUGACCAGACAGAAUUCCUCUCAUUCUUCUUCCUUAUAACCCAUCACUAACAAGAGAGCCAUCAUGUUCUCCCUAACAUGCUUCCUAAGUCUUUUCUUUCCCCAGCUAAACAUUAUUUCUUCAGCUAGUACUUUUAACACCUUCUCCAAUUUUCUCACUCUAUACUUCAUAAAAUGUUGUACUCAGAACUGAACAUAAUACUCAAGAUGUGAAUGGACUAGGGCAGAGUACAGAGAAUUAUUACUUUCCUUGUUCUGUCCAGUCUACUUCUAUUAAUUUAAUCUAAGAUUUCAUUAACUUUUUUGGUUGCUAUGUCAUACUGUUGACUUAUGCAACUUCUUGACCCCUUAGAUUCAUAAAUGUCUUUUUUAAAAACACCAAAUCCUUAUAUCUUGCUUCUUUAUUUGAUUUUUGUAGCCAUGAGGAGAAUUCCACACUUAACUCUAUUAAAUGGUAUCUUAUUAAAUUCAGUUUUAGCCUCAGUAUCAUAAAACCUUAGUUUCUUCCUUCUUAAAAUCAGAAUACUUCUUGUGUUAACUAAUUCACUGUUGUAAAGAUCAAACAAGAAAAAAGCAUGUAAAGUGCUUUGUGAACUAUAAAUGUCAAUAUAUCAUGAUUUAAUUAUCAUGCUGUCCUUCCAUUCACUCACUCAAUCAAAUAUUUAUGUUAACCACUAUAUACCACUAUAUGAGGCACUGGUGAUACAAGUAAGAGGAUCAAAACAUCUACUUGCAAUAAGAUUAUAUUCUAAUAGAGGAGGAUACAUAUGAAAAUAUGUAUAUAUAUAUCAUAAUGUUAAUAAAUAUAUAUAAUUUGUAUGCAUAUAUACACUCGUGCAUAUAAAAUUUGUGUGUAUAAGCAUAAAAAGACAUAAUUUGUAUAUAAAUAUAAAUGCACAUACAUCUAUAUACAUAUAUAUUAAAUACAAGGUAAUGGAGAGAGCACUAGCAUUUGGGGGGUAUCAGAAAAGUCUUCCUGAAGAAGAUGAUGAAUGAGUUACUUAAAGGAAAAGAGGAAUCAUGAUGUGCUGGUAAUUUGAGAAUGCAUUCCAAGCAUGAGCCAGACAUGGAGUUUGGCUAGGUUACAGAGUAUAGGAAAGGGAGGAAUAUGUUGAUGUCAGACAUCUUGUCAAUGUUAAUAGAAAUUCUCUAGAGGUAAAAAUGGCUAAGAUUUGGUAAAUGUUGGCAUAUUUGGGGUAAGGUAGUGUUAGGAGUCCAGAAUAGUUCUGAGAUUAUGAACCUGAAACCCUGGAAGGAUGCUGGUACCUUUGACUGAAACAAGGAAGUUUAGACAAGGGGAUAGAAUUGAGACAUAAGGAGAAAAUGAGUUCAGUUUUAGACAAAUUGAAUUGAAGAUGUCUGAAUGCUGGACUCGUCAGGAAAACCAAAGUAAAUUCUUACUACCUAUGAGUCACUUAACCUGUCUGUCUCGGUUUCUCCAUAUGUAAAAUAGGGAUAACAAUGGCACAUACUUUUUAUGAUUGUUGUGAAAAUAAAAUGAGAUAUUUUUAAGAA